AUGCCGGCUUCCAUUGCUCAUUGCUGCUCUUACAGUCCCGAGUUUUGGCUGCCCUCCUCUGGGGGUCAGAGGGGACAGCCGGAUGCGCCCGGCCGGAAGCUCCAUCGCCGUCCUCUCUCAUUGAGAGUCGUUGCUUCUAGGGACUCCCCGGAUUGCGAGAAGAUCGAUGAGAGUCUCAGAACUUCAUUGGUUCCGGUCAUCCAAUCCGAGACGCGGGUUAGGCAUGAUGGGUCCCGGGAGAGGGAGAGGGAAGAAAAAGUAAAGGAAAGGGAAGAGAAAGAGAGGGAGAGGAGAAGGAAGGAGGGGGUGAACCGGAAGAUCGCUUCGAAGAAGGCUAUAUCAGUAAUACUGAGGAGGGAAGCGACCAAGGCCGUCAUCGAGAAGAAGCGUGGGGGCACCAAUUCUAAAAAACUCCUCCCUAGGACCGUCCUUGAGGCUCUACACGAGAGGGUCACAGCCUUACGCUGGGAAUCCGCCCUUAAGGUCUGAUUCUUUUCAUUGCUCUCGACGUUCGUGUUCUCCCGUGCGUUUUGUGUCUUUCCGAACUAAUUAAGAUGUUGUUAAUGAGGAACCAUAGUCACUGCAUCUCAGGAUUGCUUUAUCAUCGGACACCUGAUCGAAAUUUUCGGGGGUUUCAUUAAUCACCCCACUUCGCUUCCUUCUCCGGGACAGAAAAAGGAGUGGUGGUUCUUGGCAUUAUUGGUGCAUAUUUUUAUCUCUGUAAAAUGCAGUAUCAGUAUUAGCCUUAAAAUGAUCAUGGAUAUUAAUGAACUGUGAAAGGUUUUGCCGUAGUUCUCUGAAUCAGUUUCAAUUUUGCAUCGCUGCAUCAAUGGUGGUGCAAUUAAGCAUUGCUGCAUUUAAUGUAGUCAAAAUCAGGCAUAGUAAAUUAACCAUUGCAUUAUUUUCCAUCCCCGAGAGUUUAUUGAUCAAACACUAUCUUCAUUAAUUGGCUAGGUGUUUGAACUAUUACGUGAGCAGCUGUGGUACAGGCCCAAUGCUGGAAUAUACAUUAAGCUUAUUGUCAUGCUUGGAAAAUGUAAGCAACCGGAAAGAGCCCAAAUUCUCUUCCAAGCCAUGGUUGAAGAAGGUUGUAUGAUAAAUCACGAGGUCUAUACUGCUCUUUUAUCAGCCUAUAGCAGGAGUGGCCUUUUUGAGAAGGCAUUUUCUCUACUUGACAUAAUGAAAAGUUCCGAUGGAUGUCACCCUGACGUUUACACGUACUCUAUUCUCAUUAAAUCUUGCCUUCAAAUGUUUGAGUUUGAGAAAGUUCAGAGUUUGCUUGUCGAUAUGAAGAGCUUGGGUAUUAGACCUAAUACCAUCACAUACAACACACUUAUUGACGCUUAUGGUAAAGCAGGAAGGUAUGAACUGUCACUUGUAAAUUAUUUUGUUACAUGUUGAGAUUUCUACAAAUAAAAACUAAGUUUUUUUGGUUGAGGAAGAAAAUGAGUAAAAUAUUUCAUUUGUACCAUAUUGUUGCUUAAAGGGAUAUAUUUUAUUUAUUCGUGAGGCAUCUAUUUUUCAAGACCCUCACGCAGGCUUUCAUAUGUGAACCCUUGUUGAACCAACCCACCCAUAGCUUGUCCUCUAUAUUGGCCUGUGGGAUUCGUGGGCUAGAACAAAUACCAUCUACACUAGGUCCUUUCAAUCAUCGAUAUUUCUGUCAAAUCUUCACUUCGAUUGUGGCACAAGCAUCCUGCAACUAAUUAACAUGCGAAUCAGACAGAGUUCUGUCAGCUUCGAGAUAAUGUUUAGUUAUGUCAAUUAUCCAUGUUAUCAUCUACUGAUAUUUGGUUGCGUUUUGAGUUAUGUCAGCUUGGUAUAUUGGUUGCAUUUUCAUAUUUCACUACAAUAUCAUUUUAUGGUUCUCUUAAAGGUUUGCUGAGAUGGAGUUGGCACUAGUGGAGAUGCUUCAGCAACGGAAUUGCAAGCCUGAUGUGUGGACCAUGAACGCUACUCUUCGAGCCUUUGGUGGCAGUGGGCAAAUUGAGACAAUGGAGCACUGCUAUGACAAGUUUCGGGGCUCUGGUAUCUCACCCAACAUAAAGACCUUUAAUAUUCUUCUUGAUUCAUAUGGCAAAGCCAAAAUGUACGAGAAGAUGAGCUCUGUGAUGGAGUUCAUGCAAAAAUAUUAUUUUUCUUGGACCAUUGUCACAUACAAUGUAGUAAUCGAUGCAUUUGGAAGAGCUGGGGACCUCAGACAGAUGGAAUACCUCUUCAGAUUGAUGAAAUCGGAAGGAAUCAAACCCAACUGUGUCACCCUGUGCUCUCUUGUACGAGCAUAUGGAAGAGUCGGUGCAGUGGAUAAAAUCGGAGGAGUUCUGAGACUUAUUGAAAACUCAGAUGUAUUGUUGGAUACUGUUUUCUUCAAUUGCUUGAUGGAUGCAUAUGGUAGAGCUGGUUGUCUGGCGGAGAUGAGAGGAGUGCUGGAGAUGAUGGAGGGAAGAGGAUGCAAACCAGAUAAGAUAACCUACAGUACAAUGAUUAAAGCCUACUCUAGCAAAGGAGUGGCUGAUCGUGUUAAAGAUAUUUACGGUUUCAGUGCAGAGGACAUCGUUCUGUCAGGAAGAAAGUCUAAUAUUCGUCUGCGAGAAUAA